AUGCUCAAGGAGACUGUCUCGCUCCGAUUGGCCCAUCCACUUCUAGCGUCAUCUUAUGUAACCUCACUGAUCACGCGCUUCCUCCUACUACGCGACGCGACAUCAACGAAAUUACAGAACGACAGACACGCAUCCAGUAUGGAAGAGGAGGAGAAUGCCGAUAUUGCCGCAGCCAUGGGCUUUGCGUCUUUUGGCGGGACCAAGAAGCGAAAAUUUGACAACACAAAUUCUCCAAAAGCGAAAGCGGAUGCAAGUGGCGCAAACUCGACCAAGCUAGGAGUCAGAAUGAAGAGAGCAGCAGGGACUGAAGAGGAGGAUGCUGAGAAAUCUGCGCAACAGGCAACGUUAGCUCCAAGUAAUGCGCAUGUUGGAUCACAGAAGAUCCAAGCAGCAGGUUCAGGUCUUGCCAGCUUCCUAGCGCGUGGUCAGAGCCUUCCUCAUAAGCCUCAUGGCACUGCUACUCCGCCAGCUCCAAGCGAGCAUUCUACUUCGGACAUGGUAUCAUUCGGUGGCCCUGCCAUCUCCAGAGCUGAGCUGAACGCGCUGCGUAACGGUGUUCAAGCAGAGAACGGAGACACUGCCUACUUCCUACCGAGCUUCAUCGAGGACCCUUGGGCAAAGCUCAAGAAGGGCGUCAGUUGAUGGCUAAUGGCGAGACCAGCCAAAACACAAAAACAGCUACCUGUCUAUUAGCGAUCGAGUGUCAGAGUCACAACAGGCCCGAUUUCGAUAGCGGCGAUGUAGAAGCAAAUCCGUAGCCCCGGUUCCGGAGACUACAUGGUAGGUAAAGAGCUCUUGGUGGUACCUGCAUUAUGACUGCGGCCUACACGGAGGAGGAGCAGAAAUCAAGACUAUUUCAAG